AAGGAGCUGAGAGAGAAGCCUAUACAGUAUAGGCUACACAUUGCAGAUUCGCAAUCGCAUGGACAUUGCAAUUGCUAUUCCAGAGGGACACCGACUGCAUUUACGAGCACACACAACACUCACCAGUGAUGCUACGAGAUUGAAAACUCCCGGUUUGAGUCACCUCGACUUUAGAAUGGUGCAGAAAAAUGUUAACGGUGGGGUUUACCCGACUCAAGCCGGAGAGAAGAAGCACAAAGUCGGCUUUGUCGGAUUGGACCCCGGGGCUCCCGAAUCUAGCAGGGACGGGGCGCAGCUGAUUGCGGGCUCGGAAAGCACAAAGCGGACCAGUAUCCUAUGCAGACGGAGGUCCAGUGCCAUAAGAGGUGGGAGAACGCCGAAGAAAAACCCCAGCUAUAGGAAACUACAGAAUUUUCUAUACAAUGCACUUGAAAGACCGCGGGGAUGGGCGUUUAUUUACCACGCUUAUGUCUUCCUGUUGGUGUUUUCCUGUCUCAUCCUCUCUGUUUUCGCUACCAUCAAUGAGUUCAAGAACAGUUCUGAGACUGCCUUGUACAUUCUGGAAAUAGUGACCAUCGUGGUGUUUGGAGUUGAGUACAUUGUGAGGAUAUGGGCGGCGGGCUGUUGCUGUCGCUACAGAGGAUGGAUGGGAAGGCUGAAAUUCGCCCGCAAGCCUUUCUGUGUUAUCGACAUCAUGGUCUUGAUAGCAUCUGUGUCGGUGCUGGCUGCUGGCUCCCAAGGAAAUGUCUUCGCCACCUCUGCCAUCCGCAGUCUCCGCUUCUUGCAGAUCCUCCGCAUGCUGCGGAUGGACCGGCGCGGGGGCACCUGGAAACUUCUAGGAUCAGUGGUCUAUGCCCACAGCAAGGAACUAAUCACUGCUUGGUACAUAGGCUUCCUCUGUCUCAUCCUGGCUAGUUUCCUGGUGUACUCGGUCGAGAAAGAUGACAACGACAUGUUUGAGACCUAUGCUGAUGCCCUGUGGUGGGGGCUGAUAACCCUGACCACCAUAGGCUAUGGGGAUAAGUUCCCAAAGACCUGGAAUGGACGUCUGCUGGCUGCAAUGUUCAGUAUGAUAGGAGUGGCUUUCUUUGCGCUCCCAGCUGGUAUCCUGGGGUCUGGUUUUGCUCUGAAGGUCCAGGAGCAGCACAGACAGAAGCAUUUUGAGAAGCGACGCCAACCUGCUGCUGGGCUGAUACAGAAUGCUUGGCGAUUUUAUGCUACGAAUCUCGCUCGGACUGAUCUGCUGUCGACGUGGGAUUUUUAUGAGGAGAACGUUUCUCUCCCAAUGUACAGACUCAUACCCCCCCUCAAUCAACUGGACCUCCUGAGGAAUCUGAAGGCCAAAUCCUUCAGCAGGAAGGACUCUCAGACAGAAGCCUCCCCCAGCCGGAAGCCUAGCCUAAAGGACAAGGUGCAUCCUAGUCCUUCCAAGAUGGCUGGGGCCACAGGGAGGUCCCAGUCCCCUGGGCCUGAAGACGGGGCAGAGGGAGGGCCGAGCUGGAGCUUCGCUGACAGGGCCCAAGGGGCCAUGCAUGCUUUCCGUGCCAGGGGCAGCACCUCGCGCCAAAACUCAGAGGUGCUGAUUGAAAUGCAGGAUGAAGACUUUGGACUGAAGAGUUCUCCAGCAAUUGAGGGGUUAAUAAAGGCUUGCCUCCCCGGGGAGGACGUUGGGGAUGAUAAGAACUGCAACUGCGAAUUCCUUCAAGAUUUAUCUCCUGGGUUGAAGGUCACAAUUAGGGCAAUAAUCAUCAUGAGGUUUCUGGUGUCAAAGAGGAGGUUUAAGGAGAGCCUACGGCCAUACGACGUGAUGGAUGUGAUAGAGCAGUACUCCGCAGGCCACUUGGACAUGCUGAGUCGGAUUAAGCAACUACAGUCCAGAGUGGACCAGAUUGUUGGUAAAGGUCCUCCAGAUAAAGGUGCCAAAGGUGGCGGUGACGGGGAGAAAGAGGAGGUGGACCCCAGCAUGAUGGGACGUAUGAUGAAAGUGGAGAAACGGGUGGGCUCCAUGGACAGAAAGCUGGAUUUCCUGGUCAACGUGUACGUACAGCGCAUGGGCAUCCCGCGCUCUGAGACAGAGGCCUAUUUCAACUCCAAGGAAGCCUACCCUGCACCCCCUUACAUUAGCCCCGAGGAUUGCAAGGAGGAGAAGCAGGAGGAGGAAAAGACGGUGAAAGAGGAGGAGAAGAAGGAGAAGAGCUGCUCCGCUGCCGAGGUCCUCCGCUCCGUGGAGAGGAAGAAGUGCUCCCCGGAGCCCAGGUCUUUGGGCACGCCCUCCGGCAGCCGCAGCCGCCCCUGCACCUCCUGGGAGCACCAGCUGCAGCACCCUCUCAGCCAGCCCGCCUGGAACAGCAGUGUGGCCAACAGCCCCUCACCUAUAGGGGGGGGCAGCGGAGAGCACUCCCCCUCUCUGUUCCGCCUGCCACCCCCUCCCCCACCCAUCCACGAGCGCUCAUCCUCCGGGGCAGGAGGGAGCAGUAGCCGGGAGGGCUCCUCCCAGGGCAGGAAGCGCAACAGGAGGCAGAGGCGUCAGCCAGACGUGGCCCCGCUGCCCACCGCGGAGAGUGACACGUCCCUGUCCAUCCCAUCAGUGGACCACGAGGAGCUGGAGCGCUCCUUCAGUGGGUUCAGCAUCUCCCAGGCCAAGGAGGACUUCUUUGGGGCGUCGUUCUUCAAUGGGGUGGCUGCAGAGACAGGGGCAUCUCUCUGCGCCAGGAUUAGACCCUUCAUUGCUGAGGGUGAAUCAGACACAGACUCUGACCUGUACACCCCUGGCGGCCCCUCGCCCCUCUCCCUCAGCGGUGAGGGGGCAGGGGGGUAUGGAGACAGAAUCUGGCCACCUCUCAAGUAGGCUCAGUAGGAUCAGAAUAACUGGCCCCUCGUAUGAGCUGGGAUGGAUUGAGAUAUGAGGGGAGGAUCAAGAAGAUUGCAUAUGUUAACGCUUGUCACUGAAACUUUCACAAACAAAAAAUGGCCCAAUUGAAUCUGUCUUGUGUGAUUGUAUGUGUAUGACCAUUGAGGUAUUCAGAGUUGUUUUAGGUAGAGUGUCCAAUCACCCAAAUGCUUGAGUUGAUGCUUUUCAUGUGAACUGAAGCCGAUUUUAAGUUAAAAGAUUAAUAUCUACUGCGCUUUCUGAACACUCAGUGAUUUCUCUGGACCAAAAAAUGUGGGGGGGAUAUUAGAAGAUAUGUCGAUACAGUAGCCCAUCAGUCGGCUAUACCUACAGUACAAGUCACCUACUGUAUGUUUAGGUUAUGCUGAGCCUUCGAAAACGAUCACUGCCUUGUUGGUUUUAUUCCAGUAUGACACGAUUUUAUUAGAAUUUAAUUGUUGCAUUAGUAUAUGAUUUAAUCAUGAAUUUCUGCGGCAAAUUCAGUAUAAUUCUAAAAGCCAAACUGUAAUGUGCUGAUGGGUUGUGUGCUGUGGUUUAUGUCCUGUUGUCCUUGGUAGAAAACAUUAUCGCAAACAAAUAGAGAAUACUGUAGAUGCAGCUGCACAACCCUUCUGAAGCGUAUGGUCUUAUUAAACACUGCGCUGACUCCUGGAAACGCAUGCCUUAAAUGAGUUCUGCAGAGUAAUUACACAACGUACAGUUCUACACUCUUAUUUAACCGCACGGUGACAGAGCGAGAUGACAAGAUUCACAUGACAUGAUUUUUAAGAGGAGGAGUUGUAGAACUGAGACACAAGCUAGUAGGUAGGCUUUCUACCUUUUGAGUUUUCAUCAAUAAUAUCUUACUGGUGGUGUCUGUUUAAAUAUGUCAAGUCAAUUUCUUAAUUUAAAAUAAAAGCUGCACGAAAAUAAUAAUAAAUGAAGUGCAUGGCAUGUACAACAGAAUAGUUGCUUUAGAUAGGAUGUCUAUGACUGUGGCAAGUAGGAACCAAACUGAAUUACAUUCCUCAACCAUUUCCUCAACCAUUCCACAGAUGAUCGAACAGGAAAAUAAAACCAAGCAACAUUGCACGAUUGACUUCAACUUCAAUAUAUACACUGCCGUUCAAAAUUUUGGGGUCACUUAGAAAUGUCCUUGUUUUUGAAAGAAAAGCACAUUUUUUUGUCCAUUUAAAAUAACAUCAAAUUGAUCAGAAAUACAGUGUAGACUUUGUUAAUGUUGUAA